GUCAGAAGUCUCCAAGCCAGCUCUUUAGAAUUUAAUAAUAAGUCAACCAUUCACACACCUCCUGUAUAAACAUUAACAAUAUAUAGUCUCCAUGCAUGAACAAUUCUAAUUUCGUCCUUCCCUUUACAAAAAUGCAAGAAUUCCCUCAAAAACAAGCCACCAAAGAGGGGUUGAAUCUUCCUGCAAGAUCAUCUCUGUUUCUGUCCCAACCUGGAGAAACUUCAACCGGGCCUCGGAGUCGAAGAGCGAGCAGUUUUGCGGUAUCUUCUCCUAGAGCAAGAUCGAUUUGUACAUGUUCAAACCAUCCUGGUUCCACCCGGUGCAGCCUCCAUGGAUACCUGGUCCCGAGGGAGAGGUCGAAGAGUGGAAACAAAGAGAUCGUAAGACGAGCUUUGGCGCCGUCGAAUCGAAGGUUUAGUCUUAGGUGGUGGAAUUUCCAGCCGAGGCCUAGCAGGCUUUGUAACAUGUCAAUGGCUUAGUUGAAUCAUCAGCCAAAAGGGUGUUCUUCUAUGUAAAUCAACACAGUUUAAGUCGUUUUAUGCUUUGAAUUUUUGGCCCGGAUGUAUAUUGAAUUUGUACUUGUGAAUAUGUAAUCGAAUAUUAGUUAUAAAUUCCUGAAUCUACUUUCUGGUCA